CAGGUGGAACGUUAGGGUUCCUUUGGAGGCUGUCGGAGUUGGAGACCCCCGUUGAGACCUUGUGCCUUAGCGAGACCCCUCGAGAGCAGGAUGGGCUGCUUGGGGAGCAAGAUGGGCUGCUGUGGAGCCUGGAGAAAGGAAAAAGUCAAAACUCAGGAUGAAGAGAUACAGGGAUCCUGUGAAUUGAUAAUAGUGAAGGCAGAAAAUGUCACCAUAACCCCUUUGCAUAAAGGAGCAGAUAAAUCUGAAGUAGAGCAUAAUAAUGAGAUCACAAAACUCCAGGAGAAGGAGUGUCUGCAAGAAGCUAACGUGACUAAGACUGAAAGUCUUUGCCAAGAUGUUAAAAUCCAGGUAAAAAAGAACAAGGAUUUAGUGUCUAAGCAGGAGCUUUCCGAGCAGUAUAAUUUGCUGAAAAGAAAACUGGAUGAGAGACUUGGAGAGCUCGAGAAUGUACAUGACCAAGAGGGGUAUUUCCUAAUGAAAUCCUUUGAGAAGUCGAAGUCAUCCUUACAGGAGACUAUAGACAAAUUGAGUUCCCAGGUGAAGUCUUUUGAAGAGAAAAUCAAACGAGUGGAGGAGUCAGUCCUGAGCAGAGAUUAUAAGAAGCACAUCCAGGAUUAUGGGAGUCCCAGCCAGUUCUGGGAGCAGGAAAUAGAGAGUUUGCAUUUUGUCAUUGAGAUGAAAAAUGAACGCAUCCACCAUUUGGACAAAAAGCUAUUUAACUUCGAAAAAGUGAUGCUACAUAUUGAUGUCCCAGUCUUCUCUGGCUUCCUAUAGAGGACAACGCGUCCAAACUCUACAUCUUGAAGGUCUGUAGAUUUAGGAGCACUGUUGCUUUCCUGGAAUAUCCUUAUUGCUGUUCAAAUUUUAACAAAGCAUUGUGGCUCUGUGCUUUCUCUUGAGAUUACUGGAUCUUUUGUGUGCCCACAGUAUCUGUGGUAUUUGAUAAUAUUUAACCCUUUCUCUCUCAUGUUACAGAUGGAGCAGAAUUUGUUGCUUGAGCAGAAAGUGAAAACUCUUCAGCAGAAGAAUGAAGAGCUUCAUGUGCAGAUGCAGAAUCACAUAACAGUGACAAGGCAUUGUCUUUAGUUGCAUCAUGCAUCUCUGGCAUACUAUACCUUUGUGAAGGGUUUGGGAGAUGGGCUAUAGAAAUACAUGUGAAAAGGGUCUAAUGGAAACUUUAGGGUGACCAGAUUCACUAUUCUUGUUUUGUGCAUGCAAGCUAUUUAGACUAAGGAAGCAGCAAUGAUAACAUAGCUGUCACAGAUAGCAAAAAACAACCAAUCAAAGUAGAAGCAAAAAUUUCUAACACCGUGUAAGAAUCUCUAAAACAUCUGCUUCCUGUGCAGCAUUUAAUGUCAGUUUGUUCUGAUAAAUAAUGGAGAAGUUUUCCCCAAAUAUUUGAAGAGGAUUGUUGUAUUCAGCAGUACUGGAAAAAAUGCUAAACUUUACUAGGUUUCAGGCUAUUUUUAAGCACAUUUGCCUGAUUAUCUUUGGUACAGGCAUUUGAUGUGCUCCACCCUGUUGUGAAAUCCGUAGUGUAGGUUCCAGUUCAAAUGGCUCCUUUCUCUCUUUUCACAUCUACCAUAUCAUUUCUGAGAACUGCCCUGUAUUAUUUAGGGAAGUGACCAUAGCUCAGUGGUAGAACAUGUGCUGUGCAUGCAGAUGGUUCAAGGUCUAAUCUCUGACCCUACUCAAGAUAGGACCAGGAAGGAUCCAGGUAGUUAGAAAGAGGACGAGAUAAACUUCUAGAAAAGUUGUUUAUAAAUAAUUCAGUGGCUCUGGCUGCAGAAAACAGGAGGGACCAUCCUGUCUGCCUUAGGCAGUGGGACCUUGGAUGCUGCCUUUGACAACUUUCUGUGUACAUAUAUCCCACUGGCCAUGCUAGCAGGGGGAUUCUGGCAACUGUACAGCUAUCUUAGGGGUAGCUGUACAGUUAGGGGUUAGGGGUACAGAAGCCUCACAAAAGUAGAAGAAUCCCAAAUAAAAAACACCCUUUAAAUUUGAGAAAUCUUGUCUCUAAACCAGUGGUUCUCAACUUGUGGGCCUCCUGGUGUUUUUGGCCUGCAACUCCCAGAAAUCUCAGCCAGUUUACCAGCUGUUAAGAUUUCUGGGAGUUGAAGGCCAAAACAUCUGGGGACCCACAGGUUGAGAACCACUGCUCUGAGCUCUCUAGUGCAAUUCUGUGAUGAAUGUCUGGCAGAAGCGGACCUUAGAAUCACACUGGAGGACUGCGAGAUUCCUAGAGAUAACAUAUUAAUCAAAUCCAUGAAUAAUCAAAAUUACAAAAGUGAAAUCUGCAAAGACUAUCUUCAAAGUAACUUAUCACAGCAUUGGUUCUGUUUUACAGGCAACUCUCUGAUGAGGUUAUGAAACUUCGUGAGGCCCUGGAGAAGGAGUCGCAGCUCAGAGAGCAAGCUCACCGGGAGAAGGAAGAAUUGAUGUACAGGGUGCUCAGUGGUGACUGAAUGGCCAAGCAGACUGGACAUAGGGCAGAGCAGUCCCAUGCCAGAUAUAGAGCUCAGUGCUGUGUGACUACACUGUAUUGACAUACGGGUUUCUGAGUGCCACAUGCCUUGGUUUUCAGUUCUUCUGACACUUGAAAAGGAAGGGAGGUGCUUUCCCCACAGAAACAGGCCAGCUUUGAUACUAAUCAAGAGAUAAGGUGAAACUUGUUUCCAUUUUGUGUGUGCGCAAACAAGCAUUGGCCAGGCUGGGUUUCCCCUACCCAAGGCUCCUCACAAGGUAAGCAACCAAAUAGCUACCUCAGAUACUGAACUGCACGAGGUAGAGUGGUGUACCAAUUAUCCUUGGUUUAAUAUUUCAAUAGCUGUGACUUUUAUGUUGGAAGGAGCCAUAGAAAAUGAGAGAAGAUUUCUUAAUGAAAUAUACAGGGGCCCAGGAAGUCUUAAGCAAAUGAGAGAAAAUAGAGAAAGCACCUUCUUCCAAUUUACCUUUUUCUGUUCCUUCCAGUAGUGGCAAUAAUAUUUAAAUAUAAUUGUUUAUGUCUUGAGGUUUUGUUUUUUUACUUCCUUUGCUAAAGAGUUUGGAAAUGUUACUUUUUUGAUUUAACUGCUCAGAAUCCUGCUGACCAUACCUAACCGGCAGUUCUGAGAAUUGAAAUCCUACUUUUCAAAGCUUUGUUUUGUUGCACUGUCAAGUUACUUGUUCUUAUAAAUGCCCAAAUUAAAUAAAUUAAAGCACUUGGAAAUUUA